CUCAAACAUAGCACAGCAAGCACACCAGCCUCGAUCAGGGCGUCAGUCAUGGAUGGCCCGGCUCUCUAUUGCGCAGGAAAGCGAGUUUUCCAAGUCUUUGAAAGUUUGUUGAAUUUACACAGCGGCACACUUCAAACGCACUUUACCAAAGAGGAACAAAGGUUUCGAUUAUGGGCGCAUAGCUUAGGCCUUCAUCAUCAAGGCCAUAGCUCUCUCGACUAUCGGGUCCGCGAUGCCGUCCUGGUCAAGUCCCAGCUACUACGUCUGCUCAGUGCUUUGCUUGAUCACCUUGAGAACACCCUGGCUGUUCUGAAAGGCGACCGCCUUCCGUUUGAACAACAAGCACGGGAUUUGGAGACUCAGAGUUCAUCCGAUAACGACAGCAUCAGGUCGUCGAAUCAGAGUUCCACUGGCUCUGUUAGCAGCGACAAAUCUACUCAUGAACUGGACUUUCGUCAAAAUGGAAUUACAGAGACCAUCAACGCGUUGUACGGUCUGGCAGCGCGAAUUAGAAGCCCUCGAAACCGACCUGAAAGAGCUACACAAGAGCUCUUUCGACACAUCGCAGCACAUGAAAGGGAGAAGUAUAUCAAUGAAAGAGCAGAAGUCGAAACCGUGAUUCUUGUUCAUCGACAUAAGCAAUACCUAGUGCAAACUUUUCAACCGUCACAAAACUCUACAAUCCACAAUGACAUCUUGGACAAAUACGCCUCGGCAUCUAAUCACCUCCUACGGAGGAUCGGCAUGGCCAACGUUCGACGAAGACAACAGUUCAUCUACUGGAAGGAACACACUGCCAGGAUAAGCCGGGACCCAACGCAGACCGUGAGACCAACUGGCUCAGAUAAGCCUGUCACCUCUGGAGCUCUUUUUCGGACGGGAAAUACACCAGGUGCCACUGUUCAUCUUGCUACCCCCUCGGCUAUUUCAAGACACGAACAUUCAGAAGCAACUUCCGCUACAAGGUUGGACGAGAGCAAGUUCCGAUUUGACGAUAACGAGUCUGUCUUCUCAUACCAGAGUCACGCAUCCACCGCUGUAAUUCCGGCUACCCAAAACCAGUUAGUGCUUCAGUGGCCACCUGCGCCUAAAGAUUUCUUGAGUAGCGACUAUUUCACUUGUCCCUAUUGUCAUGUACUGUGUCCUGGAAGGUAUCUCGGGGAAAAGGCUUGGAAGGCACAUCUUAUCCACGAUCUCCAACCGUACCAAUGCACCCACGAAGUGUGUCAAGAUUCUCAUCGUCUCUACGGCUCAUACCGAGAAUGGAUAGACCAUGAGAACAUUCAUACAAAAUCAUGGCAUUGCGAUAAUCAUGUGGCACCAACAGAGUUUGAGAAGCAAGAGGAGUUUAUAUCUCAUAUUGAAAAAUUUCACCCUGACGCAAAACCAGAGCUCUUCUCACCAGAGCUAAUGGCCGCUGCAUUCAGACCAUCCACCAAACCAUUGCGGCCAUGUCCCCUUUGUCCCACUGGCUUCGAGGACAACAAAAUCAUGCACGAGCACAUCAAAGGCCAUUUAGAACGCCUUGCCCAUCAUUGCCUACCCGCGGAUCCUUGUAAUAAGAGCCAACAUGAUGGUUUACGGGAAACCGCGAGUAGCGAUAGCCAAGCCGUACGGAAUGACGAAAAUUCGCAAGUUUUCUCGGAAACAUCGGUGCAAUGGCCUGAUGACACAAAUGUCCAGGAAUCGCCAAGUCCAGAGGAGUAUACGGCCACACACAAAUUUGAAGAUAUCCGUCUACGAUUUCAGCGAGUUCAACUAGAACGCGAGUCAGCCGAGGCCUGGCUUAAGGCAGUUACACCUGAUGCAUCAGGAGCACCUGAAAGCUCUUUCUCGCAAACGCUUCCGCUGCGUUUCAGCGAGUACUCUCAGCUUCCCGAGUAUGUCGAAAAUCGUAGCUGGCGCGAGCCCAGUUUUCAGACAUCGACAUUCCGGAACAGCCAUUUCAACGUGGCUCACUAUAAUAGCCCCGACUUUCAGCCAGAGGAAUAUCACCCUGAAGGUGACGACACCCGGAAUCGAACAACAGCAACCCAGGUGGACCAUUCGGAAAUAGAGAAAAUACCAGACAUUGUCACGGAUGCCGAGGAAACGCAGCGACUAGACAGCCUACUGUUGAAGGCUGUAGUUGUCGGUGACACGGAUCUUACUAAACUAUUGCUGAACAAGGGCGCAAAUGUCAGUUUCAAAGACAAUUCCGUUGGCAGUCCACUUCAUGCUGCCAUAAGCCUAGGACAUCUUGAAGUUGUUCGGCUGCUGCUGGCAAGCGGCGCAGAUCCCGAUGAUGAUGAUUGGGACAGGCCUGGUUCUGACAUUCUGGGGGUCGCAUCAGCAAGAGGCGACCAAGAGAUUGUGCAGUUACUGUUGCAACACGGUGCCAAAGCAAACAGUGAGAGUUACACGUAUGGAUCUGCCCUCCAAGCUGCUGCAUCUAAAGGCCACCACGAAGUGGUAAGUCUGCUGCUACGCAACGGUCACGAUCCCCAAUACUUCAGCUCUUUGCCACCCAACACAGCCCUUCGCGCGGCUGUUGAGGGGGGCCACAAGGAAACGGUCAAGGUGCUGCUGGCAUCUGGCGCCGCCAUCAACGACAUGACGUUGGACGGCACAAACGGUAGCGUCCUUGAGGUUGCCUCGCACUACGGUCACCGAGAAAUUGUGCAACUGCUACUAGACCAUGGCGCAGAUAUCGAUGCGAAUAGCAUAAGAUAUGGGGGCGCUUUCCGAGCUGCGGUCAUUCGAGGUCACCAGGAAAUAGUACAGCUGUUACUACACCGGGAAGCGGCCAUCGAUUUCAAAAGUGACGGAUUUGCCAACAUGAUCCGCGCUGCAUCGGCACUGGGCCAUCAAGCAGUUGUUCAGCUAUUGCUGGAUAAAAGUGAGGAAGUGACAGGGGAAAUGGCCGAGGAAAGUCUCAUUGGUGCCACUGGAAUGGGCAAAUUACUUGCAUGGCGCUCUCCAUUGUCUGGAGCUGAAUCCAGGGAAUGGCACUCAAAUGAAGAGCAUAUCCUGCAUCAAGACAAAGACUCAUUAACCGCUGAAAACCAGCAACCUUACAAGUGCCACACGUGUGGAAAGGGGUUUAGAAGAGAAAGUAAUCUUGCAAGCAUACCAGAAUUCACGAAAAACCUUGCAAAUGUCCUGUUGAAGGCUGUGCUGCGAGCACAGCCGAAAGAAAAGACCUGGAUCGACACAUCUGGACUCACCAUCUCGAUUAUGCUCGAGAGAACAACAUUCCAAGCAAGGUUCCCGCGGCGUGUGACUGGCCGGGAUGUAACUACCGUGGAUGGCUGGAUGAUUUGGAGAGGCAUAAAAAUAACUCUCAUCACUGGAAACAUGCCCCAGAUGACGAGGUCAAUAUUCCAGGUACGGCAGCGGCAGAUUCGCAGCCUGGUAUCGCCAACCAGUCCAAACCCAACACGCUUACCAGUAUGAACAACCUUGCGCCUGUGCUCAAUAGCCAGGGGAAGUACGAGGAGGCCGAGCAGAUGCAUCGGCAGACGCUACAGCUACGUGAGAAGGUGUUGGGCAAGGAGCAUCCCGACAUACUUACCAGCAUGAACAACCUUGCGAUUGUGCUCAAGAGCCAGGGGAAGUAUGAGGAGGCCGAGCAGAUGCAUCGGCAGACGCUACAGUUACGUGAGAAGGUGUUGGGCAAGGAGCAUCCCGACACACUUACCAGCAUGAACAACCUCGCGCUUGUGCUUGAUAGCCAGGGGAAGUACGAGGAAGCCGAGCAGAUGCAUCGGCAGACGCUACAGCUAUGUGAGAAGGUGUUGGGCAAGGAGCAUCCCGACACACUUACCAGCAUGAACA